AUGGUCGUGUCAAUACAGUCGCUUUUCUCUCUCAUUGUCCUUCUUUUCGCGCUAUCUUCGUUCGCUCUUCCACAUCAGCCUGAGUAUGAGGCAUACAAUCUGAACCAGAACCCGACGGCAAGCUCGCCGUUGGAGUACUGGGGUGAAUGGGAGGAUCAUGUGUUCCACCCAUCGCCAGAGAACUGGCGGAUGCCGUUCUACUCUCUUUUCCUUGACCGAUUCGUCAAUGGCGACCCUACGAAUGACAACAUUAAUGGCACGGCGUUCGAGGUUGAUAUGCUCUCUACCCAGCUGCGGGCCGGCGGCGACAUCAGCGGACUCGUUGACACGCUGGAUUAUCUACAAGGCAUGGGAAUAAAGGCAAUAUACAUAUGCGGGAGCCCCUUCAUCAACCAGCCGUGGAUGGCGGAUUCCUUCAGCCCCUUGGAUCUGACCCUGCUGGAUCAACAUUUCGGCACCAUCGCCGAGUGGCGGCGGGCGAUUGAUGAGAUUCAUCGGCGGGGCAUGUAUGUCGUGUUCGAGAACACCAUGUCCACGAUGGGUGAUCUGCUGGGCUUUGAGGGCUAUCUCAACACCACGACUCCUUUCAGUUUCACGGAGCACAACGCAGUCUGGAAGUCCACGAGACGCUACUGGGAUUUCUAUCUCGGAGAGGACUCAGUGGAGUGUGAAUAUCCCCGGUUUUGGGAUGAGCAUGGAGAUCGGAUAGGAGACGACGUCACGUCUCAAAUGAAGACUUGUCGAACCAGUGACUUUGACCAGUAUGGAGACGUCGAGUCGUUUGGCAAGUACCCGGAGUGGCAGAAGCAGCUUUCAAAAUUCGGCUUCGUCCAAGACCGCCUGCGGGAAUGGCGGCCCAGCGUGCUUGACAAGAUCAAGCAUUUCUCUUGCAUGACUAUUGCCGCCCUGGAUAUUGAUGGCUUCCGCAUUGACAAGGGGCUCACCAUCACUGUCGACGCGCAAGCGGACUGGUCCGACUACAUACGGGCAUGUGCUCGAAGGUUCAACAAGACUAACUUCUUCAUCCCUGGCGAGAUUGUCGGCGGCAAUGCCCUCGGUGCUCUCUACUAUGGCAGAGGAAAGGAGCCUAAAAUGGCGGCCAAGACGAUAGAAGAAAGCUACAACGCCACGAACGAGACCAGCCCUGGAUCAUACAUUCGCACGAGCCAGGCACUGGACGCUGCCUGUUUCCACUACUCUGCUUACCGAGCCCUGACACGAUUUCUCGGCAUCGACGGUAUUUAUGGUGCUGAGAUGGACACCAGGACCAACUGGGCCGAGGGCUGGGAGGACAUGCUUCUGACCACCGACUUUGUUAAUGCCAACACUGGCAAAUUCGAUCCCCGUCACAUGUUCGGCGUAUCCAACCAGGACGUGUUCCGGUGGCCAUCAAUCCAAAACGGCACGCAGAAGUAUUUGGUUGGGGCAUUCAUCAUGACCCUGCUGCAUCCGGGAAUACCCAUCGUCAACUGGGGAGAGGAGCAGGCAUUCUAUGUGCUGGAAAAUAUCGCCGGCAACUAUUUGUACGGCCGUCAGCCCAUGAGCUCGACCAUUUCCUGGGAGCGCCACGGAUGCUACAAGAUCGGGUCAGAGAAAUAUUUCAACUUUCCACUCGAUGCAGCUCUUUAUGGUUGCGACGAUCCCAAUGUCAGUCUCGACCAUCGCGACCCCUCACAUCCAGUCAGAGGCGUUGUGAAGCGGUUGCUGGAACUCCGCUCGACUUAUCCCGUGCUUAAUGACGGCUUUGAGAUGCAUCAGCUGUCAAACCACACCCACUGGAUCUACCUUCCGGGCUCCAACGGCACCGGUACUGAGCUCGGUCUGUGGAGCUACGUUAGGAGAGGGCACGACGGGCUUCAGAAUCUCACAUCCCUGCCGCACGGUGAGGACGAGGUGUGGCUUCUCGCAGGGAACGAGAAUCAGACCAUGACGUAUGUUUUCAAUUGUUCGGAUUAUCAAACGGCACUUCUCUCGCCCUUCGCGUUCAAUACCACGGUCAAGAAUCUAUUUUAUCCGUACGAGGAGUACACACUUGACGCUUCGACGGUGAGGUUGAACGCAGAGACAGAGUCCGUCCGUGGAUGCCUCGACAAGCUGGAAUUUCCGGCCUGGGGUUUCAAAGCUUUGGUGCCCAAGGAGAGUUGGGAAAGCCCUGCUCCCAUCAUCACCAAAUUCCUUCCCGGCCAUGACUAUCGUCUUGAGUCUAAACCGGACAAAGAGACAUCUGUAGAAAUCCAGAUUCAGUUCUCGCACGAGAUGGAUUGCGAGUCGGUGUUCAACUCUAUGGAGAUCACGUCCAAUACCGCCAACGGCAAGACUGCAUCGUUCAAUCAUGGCUCUCUCCGAUGCCGAAAGCUUGAUGUCGAUCCAAAUGCCCCCAGACUCGUCGGAGAGGCGCCCUCGGUCUGGGAGUUCGCAGUCACAAUCAAUGCUAUCCCAGACGGCAUCCAUCGGAUCACUGUCAGGAACGCAACUGACCAAACCAAGACAAUGACCACCGGCGCGGUGGAUCAUUUCCUCCUCCGCGUCGGGUUGCGCAACAAUCCUAUCGUUUUUCCUCGCCACGCAAACUAUUCCACAACCCUGGUCCAGGCCAAAAGUGAAGAUAUCUACGUUCGCCAUAAUGCCGCCGGCGCGACUCACUUCCGCUGCUCCCAGACCUGGGGUUCGUCGUGGACACCGUGGCUCAACUACACCGGAGACGACUUCAAGAUGCCGCCCAAGAACUGGACGGGGACGGACCUCCAGGCCUGGAGCGGCGAGCACGUCGUCUGCCAGUACUACAGUAAGCUGGCUGGUAGCAGCCACCACCAACAGGAAGGAGACCUAGACGUGUCCCGGCUGCCGCGCCGCUUUCCGCACCUUUUCGUCAACGGCCACUUCAACGCCUUUGGUUUCGACUCGGGCAUACCCAACCAGAUGACGCAGGAUCCCGAGACUGGGAUAUGGACGUGGGAGUUCAUGGCCGAGUGGCCGACAGGCUUGCAGUUCAACGUAUGGGGUCUUAAUCCCGACGGAUUGCCGGACCAGACCUUUAUAUUUGGCGACGUAAACUUUGACUACGUCCUUGACCGGCUUGCCCCUAGUUCCCUGAAGCAGAAUGUGGUGAAUGUCACGGAACCUCCUCCGGCACCGUUUUUGGGAUGGCGCUUCCAGAUCGAUGACUCGCAGCUGAAAUACAGCAAAUACCCCACGGGAAGCAGAGCCCGGCAAAUCGCCAUUUUCGUGCUGAUGUGGCUGCUCCCGCUGCUUGGAGGUUGGAUCAUCGUCUUCAUCUUUGCCGGAUCAUUCUAUAAAGUCAAGCACAACAUUUCUGGCAAUGCCAAGCACGGUGGGCUGUCGGAGAAGUUCCGUCAGGCCUUCGAGAUGAAGGAGAAGCUCUACCACCGACAGAAUAGGCAUUCAACGGACUUCCCGUCUCCGGGCCCAGCAACUCGCCCAGGGACCUCAAAUGGACCUGGUAGCGGUGACGGACUUCGCAUGGAGAUUGGAGGAGCCAGGAAAAAGGUGCUCAUUGCCACCAUGGAAUACGACAUCGAGGACUGGAAAAUCAAGAUCAAAAUUGGCGGUCUGGGUGUGAUGGCUCAGCUAAUGGGGAAGGCGCUGGGACACCUGGAUGUCAUCUGGGUCGUGCCAUGUGUGAGCGGCCUGGAGAACGCGUAUCCAGAUGGGUACCCGGUAGACCAGCCUGCCGAGCCGAUGGAGGUCACCAUUCUCGGCUCAAAGUACAACGUGGCCGUGCAGUAUCACAAGCUGCGCAAUAUCACCUACGUUCUCCUGGAUGCUCCGGUUUUCCGCCUUCAAACGCCGGCUAAGCCGUAUCCUGACCGAAUGGAUGACCUCGACAGCGCCAUCUACUACUCGGCGUGGAAUCAGUGCAUCGCCGAGGCACUAAAGCGGUUCAACCCAGACAUCUACCACAUCAACGACUUCCACGGCGCGCUGGCACCCCUUUAUCUGCUUCCGCGCGUCAUUCCGUGCUGUCUGUCGUUGCAUAAUGCUGAGUUCCAGGGAAUGUGGAGCCUGGGAACCGAAGACGAAAAGCAAGAAGUUUGCAAGGUGUUCAACCUGGACGAGAAGGUGGUGGAGCGCUUUGUGCAAUUUGGCGAGGUUUUCAACCUUCUCCACGCGGGCGCAAGCUAUCUCAGGGAGUUCCAGCACGGCUUUGGCGCCGUAGGCGUCUCCAAGAAGUACGGAAAGCGCAGCUUUGCCAGAUACCCCAUCUUCUGGGGCCUUUCCAAGAUUGGGAGUCUUCCCAAUCCGGACCCCUCCGACACGGCUGAAUGGUCCCCGGAGCUUGAGGCAGCAGCACAGGCCGAAGAGGUUACGGUUGACCAAGCCUUUGAGGCCAGCCGGGGUGGGCUACGCCGGCAAGCACAGGAAUGGGCCGGCAUCGAGCAAGAUCCUGAGGCUGAGCUCUUUGUCUUCGUCGGUCGUUGGUCCAUGCAAAAGGGGGUGGACCUCAUCGCGGACGUAUUUCCGUCCAUUCUCCAGAGCAACCCCAAAGUCCAACUGAUCGCUAUUGGGCCGGUGAUUGAUCUUUACGGCCGGCUAGCGGCCAUCAAAUUGGCCAGGCUGAUGGAGCAAUACCCCAGACGUGUUUUCUCCAAACCCGAGUUCACACAGCUCCCACCUUACAUCUUUAGUGGUGCGGAAUUUGCGCUGAUCCCCUCCCGCGAUGAGCCGUUUGGCCUUGUGGCCGUCGAGUUUGGCCGGAAGGGGGCGCUGGGAGUAGGAGCUCGAGUUGGGGGUCUCGGUAACAUGCCGGGGUGGUACUACACGGUUGAGUCCACGUCGGCCAAACAUCUCAUUCAUCAAUUCAAGGAUGCGAUCCAAGGCGCCCUGUCAUCGGACACCGAGACUCGUGCCAAGAUGAGGGCCGUCUCAGCAAAGCAGAGGUUUCCAGUCGCCAGAUGGGUCGAGGAGAUGAACACCCUCUACACAACCUCGAUUCGCAAAUCCCAAAAGCACCGGGACAAACCAGACCAUCUGCGGCUUGUCGGCUUGAGCCGCCACACCCUCUCACGCCCCGCUUCCCCGACGCCGUCAGAAAUGCGCGAUGCCCCAGGUCAAACGCCUACGUCUUUCCUAAACAACAGCGAGGUUCCGUCGAUCGUGACCCCGACGCCGGAUGCGGGAACAUGGCCCCUGCCGCCCCAAAUCCCCCCGUCGCCCAACCGCAGGUUCUCGGGUGUCUCCAUCACGUCCGUCACCAAGGGCCGCCGAGACUUUGCGUUGCAGCGAGUUGAUCCCUUCUUCACCGACGCCGACGGCGAGUACACGGAGGAGUUCAAGCGCAAGCUCACCCAACUGGACGCCAAGACGUCGGAAACAGAUCUCUGCAUUGAGCAGUACCUCGUCCGCUCUGAGAAGCAAUGGUUCGAGGACUACAAGAGCGCCAAGUUUGGCCUCUCGCGCAACACAUCCAAGGUCUCGCUCGUGGACCCUGCCUCGGCGGGCCCAACCACGUCGCGCUUCCUGGACGUGCCGUCCCGCUCCUCCAGUCCCUUCACACCCAGCGUCAGAUCAUCUGUUUACUCUGCCACGAGUAACGACGGUAACGACAGCAAUGACGGUUACGUAACUGCACCAAGGCGGCUCAUCCCUACCACCGAAGGACAGAUCCCCACGCAGGCCUCCGCGAUACAAAAGUUCAUGCUGCGCAAGGUGCUCGACUGGCCUGUCUACACUCUGAUCCUGGCCCUGGGGCAGAUCCUUGCUGCAAACUCGUACCAGAUCUCGCUUCUCAACGGGGAGCAGGGUCAGACCGCCAGCAUGCUGUACACCAUUGCCUCCAUCUACGGGGCAACGUCUAUCCUGUGGUGGAUCGGCUUCAGACAGCUCAAGUCUGUAUGGGUUCUGUCAACGCCCUUCGCCGUGUACGGCUUUGCGUUCAUCCUCGCUGGCUGUGCGCCUUUCGCGUCGUCGAUCGAGACGCGCGGCUGGGUACAAAAGGCCGCGUCGGGGAUGUAUGCAGCAGCUUCGUCCAGCGGGUCCAUGUUCUUCGCCCUCAACUUUGGCGACGAGGGCGGGGCGCCCGUACGGACUUGGGUCAUCCGGGCCUGCGCCGUGCAGGGGGUUCAGCAGAUCUACAUCAGUGCGCUCUGGUACUGGGGCUCGCUGCUCAGCUCAUAUGACAGCAACGGCAUCCCGGUGGCGCGCGCGGCGGGACCCGUCGUCAGCGCCGUCUGUCUCCCCGUCGCCGUCCUGCUAAUUGCCCUGUCGGUCCUGACAUUCCUCGGCCUGCCGGACUACUACCGCCAAACCCCUGGCUCCAUCCCCUCCUUCUUCAAGUCCAUCUUCCGCCGCAAGCUGAUCAUUUGCUUCCUCGUCGCGGUAAUCAUCCAAAACUACUGGCUGGCCAGCGUCUACGGGCGCAGCUGGCGGUUCCUGUGGACAACGGCCAACGCGCCGCCCUGGGCGAUCCUCCUGCUAAUCCUCUUCUUUUUCGGGCUGGUGUGGAUCGUGGUCUUCCGGCAGCUCGCCCACCUUUCGAACGAGCACAGUUGGCUGUUUCCCAUGCUGGCCAUCGGCCUCGGCGCGCCGCGCUGGGCCCAGAUCUUCUGGGGCAUCUCGGGUGUAGGCACCUCGCUUCCUUGGACGGCCUCGCCUGUCACGGGCGCCCUGGUCUCGCGUGCCCUGUGGCUGUGGCUCGGCGUGCUCGACGCCCUCCAGGGCACCGGCAUCGGCAUGAUGCUCCUCCAGACGACGACGCGCUUCCAUAAUAACUUUGCCCUGGUCGCGGCGCAGGUGCUGGGUUCGAUCGCCACCGCGGUAGGCAGGGCUACCGCGCCCAACGCCGUGGGGCCCGGGCCCGUGUUUCCUAACUUGGCGCUGAGCCUGGACGGAUUGGCGAAUGGAUGGUUUUGGGUUUGCUUGUUGAUGCAACUGGGGGUUUGCGUCAUGUUUGGCACCUUCUUUAGAAAGGAGCAGUUGAGUAAGCCUUGA